GAGCCGCCUGGGGGGGAGGACCUGGCCCGGGUCGGGAAGGGCCCGGAGGUCACCGAACCCCCUCCGGGAGUCCGUCCCGUCCCGGCUCCGGCGCUGAUUUUGUCGCACUAAAAGUGUCCUGUCCCCUGUCACCCCUCCCCGCCCCGCCGCUGUGUCCUCCCUGCCCCGGUGACACCUGUGGGAGGUGCGGGAGGAACCGUCAGGGUAGGUGGCCAUCCCUGAACCCCCUUCCGUGAGGGGCCGGGCACCGGGCAGAGGGUCCCCCCGACCCCCCGGGAGGACCCGGGUGUUGGGGCACCGGGCAGAGGGUCCCCCCGACCCCCCCCGGGUGGGUUGUGUUGUCCUGCACCGCUGACACCCGGAGCAGAGGUGGUGACACAUCAUGUGCCAGGCGGAAUCCCGGUGGAUGAAGGAUGCCCCCGGGAGCUCUCGGUAGGCACCGAAGGCCUCAAACUUUUGUAGGCGAAAGCGAAGACACGAGAAUUGUUUCAGAAAACUCCUUCAAGGAAACUUGGUUCCAGCUCCCCAACGGCUGAACCCCCCUCUCCGGCCCGUGCUCCCGGGAGGGCGGCGGGAACACACCUUCCCACCCCGGCUGGGAAUCAUGAGCUCCUAGGGAUGGAAAGUCACGAGAGGGACUGGGAGCUGCUCUGGUUCCAUGGGGUGGCCUGACGGCCCGGAGAUGACCUAACUCUGCAGGAUCAAACUGGGCCCAGUCAAGGCCAAUUGACUGGGAAGAGCCCCCGGCAGUGGGACCGGGUCGGAAACAAAACAAGUCCCAAACUGAGUGUGUCCCGUCACAAAUUUAUGUUCUUUUUCAAAGACAUUUUGGAGCCAGGCCGGGAUCUUUUGGCAUCCAACUGACCUGGAAGCAGCUCUUAGGUUUGGUUUUCUUUUUUAUUUUUUCCUUCUGUUUUUUGGUUGUUUUUUUCUUUUUAUUAUUAUUCAUGUUUGUACAAUCUUCUGGAUAUUUUUUUCCCGAGAAGGAGUAAAAGGGAGUGUUGGAAACUAACAAACAGGAUUAAAGCCCUGAGCGCUUAAGGAAAAAACAGGUUAAGGAACUUAAUCCAGGAUGGAUCUGCAGGAGCCCCAGCAGCUGGGAAUGUUUGCGGAGAGUGAGCUGAUGUCGGUGGGGAUGGACACGUUCAUCCACCGCAUCGACUCCACCGAGGUCAUUUACCAGCCCCGGCGCAAACGGGCCAAGCUCAUCGGCAAGUACCUCAUGGGAGACCUGCUGGGAGAGGGCUCCUACGGCAAAGUCAAGGAGAUGCUGGACUCAGAGACCCUGUGCAGGAGAGCUGUGAAGAUCCUGAAGAAGAAGAAGCUGCGCCGGAUUCCCAACGGGGAGGCCAAUGUGAAAAAGGAAAUCCAGCUCCUGCGGCGAUUACGGCACAAAAACGUCAUCCAGCUGGUAGAUGUGUUGUACAACGAGGAGAAGCAGAAAAUGUAUAUGGUGAUGGAGUACUGUGUGUGUGGGAUGCAGGAAAUGCUGGACAGUGUGCCAGAAAAGAGGUUUCCAGUGUUUCAGGCUCACGGGUACUUUUGUCAGCUUAUAGAUGGCUUAGAAUACUUGCACAGCCAAGGGAUUGUCCACAAGGAUAUAAAACCGGGGAACCUCCUGCUAACAACCAAUGGGACACUAAAAAUAUCCGAUUUAGGCGUAGCAGAGGCAUUGCAUCCAUUUGCAGAGGAUGACACGUGCAGGACGAGCCAAGGGUCGCCAGCAUUCCAGCCUCCAGAAAUUGCCAAUGGCCUUGACACCUUUUCAGGCUUUAAAGUCGACAUCUGGUCUGCGGGGGUGACGCUAUACAACAUCACAACGGGUCUGUACCCUUUUGAAGGGGAUAAUAUCUAUAAAUUAUUUGAAAACAUCGGGAAAGGCGACUACACAAUUCCAGAGGAUUGUGGUCCUCCACUCUCAGACUUACUGAGAGGAAUGCUUGAAUACGACCCAGCCAAGAGGUUCUCAAUACAGCAGAUAAGGCAGCACAACUGGUUUAGGAAGAAACACGCUCAGGCAGAGGCGCUGGUGCCCAUCCCUCCCAGCCCCGAGACGAAGGACAGGUGGAGGAGCAUGACGGCGGUGCCUUACCUGGAAGAUCUGCAUGGCUACAAUGAGGAAGAGGAUGAUGACUUGUAUGACAUUGAAGAUGAUAUCAUCUACACUCAGGACUUCACAGUACCAGGACAGGUGCCUGAGGAGGAGGCCGGGCAGAACGGGCAGAGCCGCGGCAAGGGGCUGCCCAAGGCCGUGUGCAUGAACGGGACGGAGCCGGGGCAGUUGAGCACCAGGGCCAAGGGCGAGCGCCGGGCCAGCGCCUCCUCCAACCCCUCCCGCAAGGCCUGCUCCGCCAGCAGCAAGAUCCGCAAGCUGUCCACCUGCAAGCAGCAGUGAGCUCUGCCCAGCGUCCCAGGCCAGCCUGCGUCCCCCUCCUCACCCCAGCUCUGCCUCUCUCCUGGGACUGGACUGUGCUUGCAAUCCAAAAGGAAACCAGAGGAAGCCAACCAAGGAGCCCCCCCUUCCCUCCCUGCACCCCCUGCUCCGGCCAGCGCCAGGACACGAAGCUGCGGUGGCUGGACCUUCCCCACCAGACACCUGGAAGUUGAACUCUGCGGCUGCCAGGACGCUGCCCCCCUCCCCCCAAUCACUCUUUGCCAAUCAAGACACUGAUUCUGUUUUUAAUUUUGCGAUGGGAAGGGUGGGAUGAGGGGUUGGGGGGGUGGGACCCUCCCCCUUCCCCCUGCCGGGCCCCCCCCGGCCAUGUAGAGUCGUGCAAAGCCAUUGCCGUGCACUUUAUGUUUUAGACUACUGUUAUAUAUUAUAUAUUUUCCUCUUUUUUUUUCUUUUUUUUUUUCUUUUUUUUUUGUUUUGUUUUGUUUUGUUUAUAUUUGCGGUAUAUUUAGAGAUUCCUACACAUCGUGAUGUGUUAAAAUAAACCAGAUGAGGAAAAAAAAACCAAACAAACAGGUA